UUUCGUGUGUCUCAGUGUCGGGUGGAGUCUGCAUCUCUUCGCAUCCCGCAGAAAAGGUUGUCGAGGUUUUAUAGUUUUUAAUUGACUCGUUGUGACCACAAAGACAUCGAAAUACACCGUAAAGAUGACGACGACAACCACGUUUCAAGGAGUGGACCCUGGUUCUAAAAGCAGUUCCAGGGUACUGCGACCGCCAGGUGGGGCCUCCAACUUCUCCUUUGGCACAGACGACAACACGACCCCCCAGCGCAAGAACAAGAUGGCCUCCAACAUUUUUGCUGAGCCUGAUGACCCCCAUGCUCAUCGGAGGAACAACCCACCCUCCGGAUCGCCCACAGGGACCCUGUGUGGAGAACCUUCAGCCCCACUGAGGCGGUGCCAGCAGCCUCUUCUCUUCCCCAAGAACCCUGAGCCGGAGCUGACCACCAUCCACAACUCGGGGGCAGCCAUGGUCUGGAGCCAGAGACAAGAGGUGGAGAAUGGCCAAGAACAAGCAAACGAUGAGUAUCCUGAAGAGGAGCGGGAGCAGGGGCAGCAUGGGGAGCAGGACGAGCAGAGGGAGAUGCCACAGCCCGCCGCCCCAUCGGGAGUUGCCAACGCCGCCAGCGGCAACCGAAGAAACCCCCCCGGCGGCAAGUCCAGCCUCAUCCUGGGUUGAGGCCACUUUUUAUUUUUCAUUGGAACGCUUUUUUUAUUUUUUGAAAGAUAAAUAAACCCCUCCACUCUCUUCCUCUACAUCAAACGGUCACCUUCUUCCCUCCUUCACAUACUUCACAUGCACUCGCAUUGUCACGUCCAUGGACCCCCGACUCUUCUCCCUCCACCCUCAAACCUUUUGUUUUGAUCCUUUUUUCUAUUAAAAAAAGAAAACUGUUGACAAAAGCACUUUAUGUAUCUCUCUCUUCCCCCUUCCAUUUCAGCCCAUCCUGUAGUGCAUCGCGCCUGCUGGAAAAGGCAUGACGUUUAGCUUGUCUCUCAUUCUUCCCUGUUGUAAAUGGUAAAGGAAAAAGUAAUAAAAAAGAUUUGAUGCGUGAAUUUCUAAGUACAAUAAAGAUUGAUAUGAA